GAAUGGAAAAUUUUAUCCCUAAAAGUUACUUCAAAAAUUAUGAGCAUGUGCAAACAACGAGUUAUCACAGAAAAUGGUCUUUGUAUUGAAGGUCACAGACAAGCAACCUCUAUAAUAUAGGAUUCACCACACCCACCAAUGAAAGGGAGCCACCUCUGGUGCAUGAUGCAACAGUUGUUCAAGGGGUGAAGAAGAAUACUGAAAUUAAAGGAGGAAUUUAUGUAAAUAGAAUGUAAUUAAUUUAAUCUAAUCUGUUUGUCCAGGUAUUUUAUCACCAUUUUAUCUGUGAGUGUGAAAAAAAACCUGGGUUAACAUUCCAUAUUAUUGCAAAAAAUACCAUGGCAUAGUUCAGGAUCACAAAUAUUCAAGACCUUCAUUUAAUAAUGCAACCAGAAGCCUAAAGUACCUCCAACAGCAUAGAACCUGCUGCUGCUAUGUUAGAUCAGUAGUUGGCUGGAAGAGCGCUAGCUACUGAUGAACCACCAGCAAUACUUCCUCCGGCAUCAUAGGUUUUCCUUGAAAGACUCCCAUCCAGCUGUUGACCCCGGCAGCGGCCCAACCCUGCAGCAGAAGGGAGAAAAAGAACUUGUUAACUUUAAGUAGUGUAGUUGUAGCCGUGUCGGUCCCAGGAUAUUAAAGAGACAAGGCGGGUGAGGUAAUAUCUUUAGUGGGUGAGCUUCUGUUGAUGACAGAGAUAAGCUUUUGAGUCGCACCGAGAUGAAGAUAUUACCUCACCCACCUUGUCUGGCUAACUUUAUGUUCAUUAGUCUCACUUCUCCUUUUAUGAAAUCAUAAAUUUAACCAAUCGCAUGCUUUGGAGUCGGAGAAUAGAAUUUCCACACUUUGCAAGCCUCCAUUGUUGGCUCUUUUCAUCUUCUUCAGGUAUCGGCCACUACUGGAAUCAGGAUGCUGGGCUCUGUGUGAUCCAAUGUGGCAAAUUGUGCCGUGUGCUAUUGUGUUUCCGCCAGCAUGUCCUGAUGGAAUAAUUCUAUUAAUUGUCAAUUAAUUAAUUCUAUUAAUUGAUUAAUUGUUUAGGUGGCUAAUAAGUACAUCAUUUUAAUUGAGGAAACGCAAAGCUGAUAUUUGUCUUUUCUUUUUUUAUGGUGGGUAAUUCAUCAUUAAUAAAAGCAGACGGGAUCCAGGAUCCAGACAGGUCUGGUGACUUACCCAUUUCACAUACUGUACAUAAGAAGUGUGACACCCAACUUGUGCCAAAAUGUCAAGACCCACAGGGAAUUCAGAAUACAAACCACGCAUUCACUGAAUUCUCAGGCUACGAAGCCAAGUGCACAGCUCUAGCAUUCACAUUAUUUAUUUUCAAACCCUCAUGUAUAUUCCAUUACCUGACUACUGCCAACACAAUUUUCCUGACCCUUGGAAUGUCCAGUCCAGCAUGUGAAUCUUUGCCUCUCAAUAUUCAUCACUGAAAGAGAGAGAUCACCCCCUUUUCUAUGUAAAACACCCCUUUCCCUUCACUCAGGUUGUUUCUAUGCUCCCUUCUGAUAUAACAGGCAAUGUGAACUGAUGCCACCAACUGAAUUUAUAUCUUUCUUGACUUUAAUUCAUGUUGCAGUUUCCCCCUCUACCUUCCUAGAAUUAAUUUUCUUGAAUUUACAGUUUCCCUCUAAUGCACACAGAUUUAGAUACUGAUAUGGCAGAAAGUAUAGAUAGUUGUUACUAGAGGGUGCUUUCAUCUAGCAGACAAAGGUAUAACAAGAUCCAAUGUCUGGAAGCCAAAGCUAGACAAAUUCAACCUGGAAAUGAGGUGUACAUAUUUAAAAGUGAGGGUACUUACCCAUUGGAAUAAGCCAACAAGCGAUGUGAUAGAUUCUCCACCGCUUGAAGUCUGUAAGUCAAGACUGGAUGUCAUCCUAAGAGAUAUGCUGAAGCUUAGCCUAAAGUUGUUGGACUUGAUGCAGAAAUCACUGGGUGACAUUCUACGGCUUGUGCUAUGCACAAGGUGAUUGUAACGGUUCCUACUGGCCUUAAAAUCUGUUAGUCUUAUUUCCAGAAUGUAAGUUUCUGAAAGCCAUUUCCACAGAUGAGUGCCCUGCAAUAUGAUAAUAUAAGACGCUCAAAAGUAGCCCUAGGCAAUAUUCAGGUUCUUUUGGAGUUCUUCAAGAAGUCAGGCAAUUCAAACAUCCAUCCAAACAUCAGACAAGGUGUUACGCUAAAACUUUGGUUACCUGAGCCACAGUUGUCCAAAAAUUCCUCUUAUUUAACAUGAGGUCAUGUCUCUUGACCUGCAUCAUACUCAUUAGGUAGCCAAACUCCUCCCAACCUUAUCCACAUUAUUUUUAUAUUCCACAUACUGUUAAGAUAAACAAGGUUUGACUGUGCUGCUGCUACAUAUUCCCAGCUCUGGGCACAUACUCAAUGGCUUUCCAGAAGAUCAGAGGGAUAGAAUUCCAGACACUAUGUAAUGUACAUCAAUUUUAAGGCCCCUUUAUGCUGCCAGUGCUAUGUGAAGGGGCCUUUGUGCAUCUGAGAAUUCAGGCCCUAAUGUUUAUGUCCUCAGUGACACCUGUGCAGUCGCAUUGCCUUCAAUGGCACUUGCACAGGUGUAAAUGAAUGAACAUAGUAAACCAUUCUGCUAGUAAUGCACUAACAGCAAUAGAACCAGGCUCCUUUCUUAGCUGUGCUGCCUCUGGAGGGCUAACGGAAGUUUAAAAAGCACUAAAAACUUCUUAUAGCCACUAAACUCACUAGAUUUGACUCUGAUACAGGCAGAGAGCAGAUCUGCCGAGUACAAAGGGUUUUUUCCCCGGAGCUUAAUUGCACUUUAAACUAUAUACGAUAGAUGACAAAAAGAAUAUGCUGUAUAAUCUUUUGCUUAUAAUAGUCAUCUCCCAGCCAGGCCAUCCCAACUGCCUGUCAGUUUGUAACUCUGACUUCCAUCAAAAUGCUGAUGACCACAGGAUAUAUCUCAUAUAGAGGUUUUCAAGUUGCCUGAAACCUCCUUUGGGCUGGCAAGGAGUGCUACCCAGUGCCCCUCCUUCCCCCGACAUCCCAGCUCCCUGCUUCCUUUUCCAGCUAACAGGAGGAAUUUGCAAGCAGAUCUCAGGAAACUUCUUGUGAUAGUCACUAUUUUUCAGAGGAGUCAACCGGAGCGCAACAAAGAUGAACUGGAAAGAAAUCCUUUUUCUCUCUUGCCUUGCAACUUUUGUGCUCUUGGUUGUUCUUGAGGAAAGCGACAGCGCUGCUGUGGGCACCAGGAAGGCAGCUGGGGAAGAGGACAAGGAAAGUUUGAAAAAGAAGAUUUUUAUACAAGAAUCGGAUGCCUCUAACUUCUUCAAAAAGCGUGGCAAGCGAGCCACCAAAUCCAGAGAUGAGCUCAAUGCGGAGACCCGGCAAAUGCUGAUUGCUGACGAGCAAAGGAGGGAGUACUUUGAAGAGCAAAGGAACGAGUUUGAGAAUUUUGUCAAGGAAGAACGUAAAGAGCAGCAGGAGAGAAGCCGGGAACAGAUCGAGCAAUGGCGUCAAUAUCACUACGACGGUCUCUACCCGUCUUACAUGUACAACCGUCACCACAUCUAGAUGUGAGAAGCGUGAAC